AUGUCUUCAUCAUCAAUUCUUCGACCUGAAAUUCUUGUUAUUGGUAAUCGGUGUUAUCGGAUUAAUCCAUCAUCUUUACCAAGUCUUGAAUCAAUUGAUAAUCAACAACAUCAAGCAUAUCGAGAGGAAGAAGAAGCAGACUAUUAUGCUGAUAAUCUAGAUGAUGAUGAACCAAGUUGUAAACUACAGCAAAAAAGUUCAACAAUUGAAGUCGAAGACAAACCUCUAAUUGGUAUUAUAAAAUUUUUUUCUUGA